AUGCCAAAUAAUAGAAAGGUAGCAGAGCAAAGACUGUUACUGCUAGGAAAGCGUCUUAAAGGUGAUGCAAACUUUCAAGAACAGUAUUGUGAAUUCAUGGACAAAGUAAUAAAAAGUGAUUAUGCACGAAAGGUUCCGAGCAAAAAGCUGACGCAAAAUGACGGUCGAGUUUGGUAUUUGCCUCACCAUGGUGUGAUACAUCCAAAGAAAAACAAAUUGCGGGUUGUAUUUGACUGUGCGGCACGCUUUCAAGGAAGAUCAUUAAAUGAUGAGUUACUUCAAGGACCCAAUCUGACAAAUACACUGAUAGGAACAUUAAUCAGAUUUCGAGAAGAAAAAAUUGCAAUCAUGGGGGACAUUGACAGUAUGUUUUAUCAGGUUAGGGUUCCAGAAUGCGACGCUAGUUUACUACGGUUCUUAUGGUGGGAAGAAGGGGACACAAAUAAACGUGUGAUUGAGUACCAAAUGAUGGUUCAUUUAUUUGGUGCAAAAUCUUCACCAAGCUGUGCAAACUACGCUUUAAAAAGAACUGCUCAGGACUUUAGUGGUAAGAUAGACUCUGAUAUAGUCGACACGGUGAUGAAAAAUUUCUAUGUAGACGACUGUUUAAAAUCAGUUGACAAUGUUGAUCAUGCGAAAUCAGUGGUGAAAGAUCUACAAACAGUAUUAAGUAAAGGCGGGUUUCAUAUUGCAAAAUGGUUGAGCAAUAGUCGUGAAGUUAUCUACUCUGUUCCGGCCAUCGACAGAGCAAAGGAAUUUCAAGACCUAGAUUUAGAUCAAGAUGUUCUUCCAAUUGAUCGUGCUCUUGGGGUACAGUGGAAUGUUGAACUAGACCAAUUUUGUUUCGAGGUUAACCUCAAAGAACGUCCACUUACCAGACGAGGUAUGUUAUCUAUGAUCAGCAGUGUUUAUGACCCUUUAGGAUUUUUAGCACCGUUUAUGCUUCAAGCCAAGAACAUAUUGAAAGAUAUGUGCAGGUUAGGUUUAGGCUGGGAUGAUCCCGUUCCUGAAAAGGUAGUUGAAAGAUGGUGUUUAUGGUUAAAGGAUGUUGAGAAGUUGUCGGAUUUCAAUGUUACUAGAUGUUUAAAGCCAUCUCAUUUCAAGGAAAUCAAAACAGCAUCAUUACAUCAUUUCUCGGAUGCAAGUGAGACUGGUUAUGGAAUUGUCACAUAUCUUAGAAUGGUAGAUUCAAAGGAUCGAAUGCAUUGCUCUUUCGUGAUAGGAAAGUCACGCGUUUCACCGUUGAAACAGGUAACAAUUCCAAGGUUAGAACUCACUGCGGCCACGGUUGCUGUUCGCACGGACAAAAUGUUGAAAUCUGAGAUUGACUUUCAGUUGAAUGAUUCAGUUUUCUGGACAGACAGUAUGUCAGUCAUUCGUUACAUUAGAAAUACCUCCUCAAGAUUCCGUACUUUUGUAGCAAAUCGGCUAUCGGUAAUUCAUGAGGGUUCAAACCCCGAUCAGUGGCAUUACGUGAGCACAAAACUCAACCCAGCAGAUGUGGCUUCGAGGGGUAUUCCAGUUGAUGACCUCCUUAAGCAUUGGAUUAACGCGCCAUCUUUCUUGUCGCAACCUGAAUUACCAGUAUCUCCCACUCAAAUUCCGGAUUCUGUACCGGAUGAUGAUCCAGAAGUUAAGAAAAUAAACAUGCAAAAGUCCACAGACAGUGUGACUCGCGAAGUAGUAAAUGAUCCAAUUCAUAAGCUUAUAUCACACUAUUCCUCAUGGAUAAAAUUGAAAAGAGCGGUAGCAUGGAUCAUGAAAGUUAGGGAAAGAUUAUUACACUCUAUACAGUACAAAAGGAAUGUUGUAGUUGACCAUCCUCACCCAGUCGAUCACAAAUUUCUUACUGUUCAAGACCUAGAAAAGGCGGAAUUUACAGUUUUAAGUUAUAUUCAGAGAAACGCUUUUUCAAGGGAAAUAGCAUCUCUUUCGUCUGGACAAUCCAAGUUGAAACGUGACAGUUCAAUUAGAAAUCUUGAUCCAGUUUUAGAUAAUGGAAUUCUGCGCGUUGGAGGACGUUUAAACGAAUCAGCAAUGCCUACUGAAAUGAAAAAUCCAUUUAUUUUGCCGAAGAACUGUCAAGUAUCUACAUUGAUAUUAAGACAAAUACAUCAAGAUUUUAAUCAUACCGGUCGAAACCAGAUGCUGUCUAUACUAAGAGAAAGAUAUUGGUUGAUAAACGCGCCAUCUGCAAUUAGAAAACUUAUUUCAAGCUGUGUUGUAUGUCGUAGACAAAGAGUGAAGUUUGGUGAACAGAAGAUGUCGAGCCUACCGAAAGAUCGUGUCACACCAGAUGACCCCCCGUUUACAUUUGUAGGUGUAGACUACUUUGGUCCCUUCGAAGUUAAACAAGGUAGAAGCUAUGUAAAACGUUAUGGUGUCAUAUUUACAUGUUUAACAAGUAGAGCAAUUCAUUUAGAAGUUGCAGCAUCUUUAGAUACUGAUUCUUACAUCAAUGCACUGAGGCGUUUCAUAUCACGACGGGGUCAAGUCACAAAAAUUAGGUCUGAUAAUGGAAGUAACUUUAUUGGUGCUAAUAGAGAAUUAAAGAAAGCGAUCUCUGAAUGGAAUAAACAUCAAAUUCAAAGUGCAAUGUUACAGAAAAACGUAGACUGGCAGUUUAACCCACCAGCCGGCUCACAUCAUGGAGGUGUCUGGGAACGGAUGAUUCGGACAGUACGUCAGACUUUACAUAGUGUUGUUAAGGAACAAACUCUUAACGAUGAAGCUUUACAUACUCUUUUUUGUGAAGUUGAGUCAAUAAUCAAUGAUAGACCAAUUACCUUGAAUCCCGAUUCACAUGAUGACCUUGAAGCUUUAACUCCAAACCACUUGCUUCUGAUGAAACGUAAGCCUAAUUUACCUCCUGGUAUAUUUGUUAAAACGGACAGUUAUACCAGACGUCGUUGGAAACAAGUUCAAUAUAUGGCCGACCUGUUUUGGCGCAGAUGGACACGGGAGUACCUACCUUUGCUCCAGGAACGACAGAAAUGGUUUGAUACUAAGAGAAAUAUGAGUAUUGGUGACAUUGUAUUAGUGGUAGAUUCGAACGCGCCGAGAAACUCGUGGUUAUUAGGGAAAGUAACAGAUACAAUUCCAGAUAAAUUAGGUUAUGUCAGACAAGUGAAAUUGAAAACUUCAUUCAAUAACAGUCUUGUUCGUCCAGUUGACAAGUUAUGUUUACUACUUGAAUCAUUGAAUUAGAUGUGUUUAAAUAAUAAAAGAGCACAAAAAGAGUUUAGUUUGCUUUACUGUGUUAAGGGGCACAAUAAUCCCCGUAAAGCAAUCUGUCAUGUGUGGAAAGGUUAUUUUUACACUUUAAGUCUACAAACAUUUUCAGAUAUUGUAAGAAAUUUAUGAACUAUUUUUUAACUUUAUGAACUAUUGUGAACAUUUAUGAACUAUCUUUGAACUUUGUGAACUAUCUUUGAACUUUGUGAACUAUUUGUGAGCUAUAGUUUUCUUUAGAAGUUGCAAUUUGGUAAUGCUGUUAUAUACUGCAAAUUGUUAACGUUGUUAUUUGAUUUGAUAAGUAAUUGUGUCAGAUUUAUCUUCCACAAUUAGGGGGCUGGGAUGUAGGUGCCACUUUUACAUUUUCCAUACACAUUCUGUAUAGACGGUUUUUAAACAGGUACAUACAAGAUGAUAACGUCGUCUUCUUUCAUUCGUAAAUUUUUUAUUGAUAAGUUAAAGCGUGUGACAAGCUGUUGUUGAAUUUCUAGAAUUUGUACUGAAUAAUAGUCAAAUUUCCUGUGGUUAAAUACUAUAAUUUGUCAAUCGUAAUAUGCCAUGUGGAAAUAAAAGAUUUUACAAGGUUACGAAUUGUAAAUUUUGACAUUUCAAGUCCCUGGUUUACUAGACAGUACAUACAUA